CUUUUUUAUUUUGGAAAUAAACUUUGACGUUUAUUUUUUUUAAAUGAAAGACAAUCAAAAAGGUUUUCUUGGUAGUUUUCUAUCAAAAGGUUUAAAAACUAAUCAAUUGGAAGUGAAUACCGAUGAGAAAACUCUACGUCCCAUAGCACGUCUCAAAGAGCCACGUGAUCUCUUUGCUCUGCCAAAAGAUAAGGAUAAUGAUUGUUCACAGCAGGCCCCCAGAUGGCCUAUUGAAUGUCAGGUAUGUAAAAUAAGAGCUCAUACUACAAACAUUUUAGGUAAAUAUAUAUACUUAUGCAAAAAUUUUAACAUUAAUUUCAAUUUAUACUAAGGAGCGAUAAUUUAGCAAAAUGUUGUGAGAAUUAAAAAAAAAAAAACGAAUUUCUUUAAAACAUUCGCGAAUAUUUCACAAACUUUAAAGAUUCAGUUCAUAGCGAAUAAUUCACUAAGAAGCAAUAAUUUAUCAAAAUGUUGUAAAAAUUUAAAAAAUAUCCUAAUUUAUUAAAAACAUUCGUGAAUAUUCGCGAAAUAUUUCCAUUGAACGGAAAUGGUUGAUAAUAUAUUCACUAGAUUAACAGAUCUUCGUCAAAACUUUCUCCGGUUUUAAAUUCAGUUUUUUGCGAAUAAUUAACAAUUAUUAAAUUGAAUAUAUUUACGAAUAAUUUUGUUCACAAAACUACCAUGAAUAUUCGCGAAAAUAUUCACUAAAAUUAAAUUAAAUAAAAAAAUAAUUUUAUUGCCAAAUAUUCACCACUA